AUGAACCUGACAGAGUUUAACCAGUCUGAUCGCUGUGAGCAUUUCUCCUGUCCAGAGAGAUCUGUAUCUCUUGCACUUUAUAUCUUACUGUACAUGUGUUCAACUGCUGUGCUUCUGCUUACAAUCUGUGGAAAUCUGCUCGUCAUCAUCUCUGUUCUUCACUUUAAGCAACUUCACACACCAACGAACAUGCUUGUGCUCUCUCUGGCUGUGUCAGAUUUUCUCAUUGGUGUUUUGGUGAUGCCGCCAUUGUUUAUCUGGACAAUUGAGUCAUGCUGGAUAUUUAAUACAGGGCACUGCAUGUCUUUGAUGAUCACUUCUUUUUUUCUAGGAAACCAGACCAUCUAUAACAUUGCUCUGAUAGCUGCAGAUAGAUAUUUGGCUCUCUCAAAUCCAUUUCUCUACACAAAUACAGUGAAUGUAAAAAUUAUGUGCAUUAUAGUUUCUACUAACUGGUCUGUAUGUCUUGUAUAUAAUAUACUAGUCUGUCAUUUUAGUGGGAGUUUCACAAGUUCUGUAAUGUGUCCUGGAGAGUGUUUCUCAGUUCCCAAUGAGGUUUGGACUGUAAUUGAUCUUGUAUAUUCAUUUAUAUUUCCACUUUCUGUCAUAAUCAUAUUGUAUACUCAAGUCUUUGUGAUUGCUAAGAAACAUGCCACUGCUAUCAGAGAGCUUAAUAAUCACACACGACCUAAAAUACAGAAAAUCAGCUCACAGUCUGUGAAAUCUGAGAGAAAAGCAGCUAAAGUCCUUGGCAUUUUAGUGUCUGUAUUUCUGGUGUGUUUACUUCCAUAUUUCAUUUACAGUUUAUUAGGCAAUGUUAUCGACCUACAGCCAGAAAUUUCUCAUAAAGUCCUUGUUAUAAUGUAUUUAAAUUCUACAAUUAAUCCAUUUAUUUAUGCUCUGUUUUAUUCAUGGUUUCGAAGGUGUGUUAAAAUAAUUAUUACUAUGCAGGUUUUCCAAACAGACUCUGAAUUAAUCAAUGUAAUUUUAUGA